GCCGGAGGAUGGCUCUGCUCCCGCUGCAGCUGGCGGCGCUCGGCGCGGUGCUCGGCGUGGCGCUGGCGAUUGCAGCCCUGAUACUGGUUUCCCUGGUGGCAUUUAUCACAGCCACGGAGAUGCCCCCGCUGCACCGGCACGAGGCAGAGAGGUUCUUCCUGAAUUCCGGGGGGCAGAGGGAGGCUCUCCCCAGCAUUGCGGCGGCGCCCACGAAGCAGCUGUCCGUCGUGGUGCCCUCGUACAACGAAGAAAAGCGGUUGCCGGUGAUGAUGGAUGAAGCCCUGGGUUAUCUGGAAGAGAGACAGAAACAAGAUCCUACUUUCACUUACGAGCUGAUAGUCGUCGAUGACGGCAGCGAAGACCAGACUUCGAAGGUAGCUUUUAAAUACUGCCAGAAAUAUGGAAGUGACAAAAUCCGAGUGAUAACGCUGGUGAAGAAUCGGGGCAAAGGCGGAGCUGUUAAAAUGGGUGUAUUCAGUUCUCGAGGGAAGAAGAUCCUUAUGGCAGAUGCUGAUGGAGCCACAAAGUUUCCAGAUGUUGAGAAAUUAGAAAAGGGACUUGAUGAGCUACAGCCUUGGCCUGAUCAAAUGGCUAUUGCAUGUGGAUCUCGGGCCCAUUUGCAGAAAGAAUCGAUUGCUCAGCGCUCCUACUUCCGCACGCUGCUCAUGUACGGCUUCCACGGGCUGGUGUGGGUCCUGUGCGUCCGGGGCAUCCGGGACACGCAGUGCGGGUUCAAGCUGCUGACGCGGGAGGCGGCCCGGCGGACGUUCUCGUCUCUGCACGUGGAGCGCUGGGCGUUCGACGUGGAGCUGCUGUACAUAGCGCGGUCCCUCCGCGUCCCCGUGGCCGAGAUCGCCGUCAACUGGACCGAGAUCGAAGGUUCUAAGCUAGUUCCAUUUUGGAGCUGGCUGCAGAUGGGCAGGGACCUGCUUUUUAUACGACUUCGAUACAUGACUGGUGCGUGGAAGCUGGGACAAACCAGGAAAUUUGAUUAGGUUAUUUGCUGUCUUUGUAUUAUAUAUCAUUGUGACUUUAUUUCAUUUCAAUUAAAAUUUUAA